AUCAGUGCUUAUUUCUUUAGUAUUUUUCUCUGUUUCAAGGAUCAGGAUGAUAUGAACAAGAUAAGUAGAAUAAAACAUUCAACUGUUGGAUAUUUGAACUAAUCCAAAAUGAGCUCUUAUCGUUAGCGUAAGGCAUUACGUAUGCCCGCAGGCCGAAAUAAACAUCUUAUAUCCUGUUUUCUCAAAGAGCCACAACAAAAGAAGGUAUCUCAGUUAAAAGAAGUCUUUUAAUAACCCAAGUCUGACUCAAUAUCCAAACCCAAGUCUCAGACUUGGGUACCCAAUACCCAAACCCAAGUCCAAGACUUGGGUACCCAAUACCCAAACCCAAGUCCAAGACUUGGGUACCCAAUACCCAAACCCAAGUCCGAGACUUGGGUACCCAAACCCAAACCCAAGUCUCAGACUUGGGUACCCAAUACCCAAACCCAAGUCCAAGACUUGGGUACCCAAUACCCAAACCCAAGUCCGACCCAAGUAAGGAAUGUUAGUACAAUAAAUUUAUAGAGAUUUAUCUGGACUGUUCUCAGUCAUGGACUCGACAAAAAAUGUAAAGUGUUGAUACAUGUUUACACUUGUAUUUCUAUAUAUGACAUGAUUAACUCAUGUAUCUGUUAUCAUUCAUGACAUUUUAUCUAGAUACAUAUAGUACGUUUUUGUAAAGUAAAAACGUGAUUGUAGCACAUCGUACAAUGUUAAUUAAUAUGAACGGCAGCACUCUUAUGACUUAUUACACUUCAACUUUUCUUUAUCCUACCGUUUCUUACUUCAACUCUAGAGUCGCUUACCUCGUACUAUCACAGUAAAGUAGAACCAGGUACCACAAAUGCAACAUUUACUUUUGAGUUUUUCUAUUUUUCAGAUCAUUUUUUUUAAAAUUAAUAAUCAAUCCUCAUGGAUUCUGAUGUCAUUAAUAAAUAUUUACUACAUGCUGAUGAUUGUUAAUCAUUAUUUGAACAAAAUUUACUAGCAAGUGGUGGUAGAUCGGCUGUAUCAACAGUAUGUAAUUCAUUAAACGAUAUUUAUAAUGCCAAAGAUUGGAAUGAUGAUCCAAUAAAGGCUAUUGCCACAAGUUUGAGUAUUCAAAUACCAACAACAUUGAAAUUAGAUAUAUUAAGACAAAAACGAGAUGAAUUACAAAAAGAGAAAGAACUAUUGGAAAAAGAACAAAAACAACAACAGAAAAAACUAAACUUUUUAUCCAUCAUCAAUGCAUAUAGUUUUGAGCAGUAG